UCUUCCCAUAGCAACAGCAUCGAGAUGACGUGGGGAGGCAGCGGUUCAAACUCUUUGCAUUUUACAGUUUACAGAAUAGAAACCAAGGGUUGCGAACAGCUAUCAAGAUCAGUGAUGCUUCUGAGAGUGAAAUAAACAGCAAGACGCCUAAAAAGUACAUACAACCUACAUAUCAGCAUCACACACACACACACACACACACACACACACACACACCCUCUCUCUCUCUCGCGCGCACCAUCAUCUCUCUCUCUCUCACACACACACUCGCCAUCUCACUCGUCACACCCGCUCCUCGGAACCGCUGCUCACCGAUUCUCACCGAACCGUAGCAUCCGAACAGCUCCAGCAUGUCCUCGGAAGGAUUGGGCGAGACUUUGGUGAUUCGCUUCGGGCUGAUAAACGCCGGAAACAAAUAUCUGACAGCGGAGACGUUCGGUUUCAAAAUCAACGCCUCGGCGAGCUCCAUGAAGAAAAAGCAGGUGUGGACCCUGGAGCAGUCCGGUGACCACGGAGACUCCAAUGCCGUGUUCAUCAAAAGCCACCUGGGUCGCUACCUCGCCACCGACAAGGACGGCAUCGUGACGGCGGACAGCGAGCAGCCUGGCCCGGACUGUCGGUUCCUCGUGAUCGCCCACGACGACGGCCGGUGGUCCCUGCAGUCCGAGACCCACUCGCGCUACCUGGGCGGGUCCGAGGACCGGAUCGCGUGCUUUGCGCAAAGCAUCUCGCCUACGGAGAAAUGGAACGUGCACCUGGCCGUCCAUCCUCAGGUGAACGUGUACAGCAUCGCGCGCAAGCGGUACGCGCACUUGUGCACCGGGAGGAACGAGCUCGCCGUGGACCGCGACGUGCCGUGGGGCGUGGACUCGCUGCUCACGCUCGUCUACCUGGAUCACCGGUAUCACCUGCAGACCGCCGACAACCGCUUCCUCACGUGCAGCGGUGCCCUGACGGCCAAAGCGGGCACGGGCACCGGGUUCACGCUGGAAUUCCGCGCGGGGAAGGUGGCUUUCCGGGACGCCACGGGCAAAUACAUCGCGCCCACGGGCCCCACCGGGACCAUGAAGUCUGGCAAGAGCGCGCGCGUCGGCAAAGAUGAGCUGUUUGUCCUCGAGCAAAGUCAUGGGCAAGUGGUGCUUACAGCCAGCAACGAGAGAAACAUCUCCAUGCGCCAGGGGGUUGAUUUAUCAGCCAAUCAGGAUGAGGAGUCUGAUCAGGAGGUGUUUCAGAUGGAGAUGGACUGGGAGACAAAGCGCUGUGCUUUCCGAUCUUGCAAUGGGAAGUAUUGGAGUCUCACCCUAAGUGGAGCGAUCCAGUGCUCUGCCUCCACUAAAUCCCCCAGUUGUUUCUUUGACCUUGAGUGGAUAGGGUCAAAAGUCGCACUGAAGGCUAGUAAUGGUAAAUACUUGGCAGCCAAAAAGAACGGACAGCUGGCGGCUUCUGUGGACUCUGCAGGUGAGCAGGAGGAGUUUGUGUUGAAGCUCAUCAACAGGCCAUUGAUAGUGCUGCGUGGGGAACACGGCUUUAUUGGUUGCCGCAAACAAGGAACUGGAACACUGGAUUCCAACCGCUCAUCCUAUGAUGUCUUCCAGUUAGAGUACAACAAUAAUGCUUACAGUCUCAGAGACUCAGUGGGGAAGUAUUGGACGGUGGAGGCAGAUGGCUCUGUGAUCAGCAGUAGUGACACACCUGUCUAUUUCCACUUUGAGUUCUGUGAUUAUAAUAAAGUGGCCAUUAAGACAAAGGAGGGCAAGUAUCUUAAGGGAGACCAUGCUGGGGUGCUCAAAGCCAGUGGUCAGGGGAUUGCUGAUGCAACAUUGUGGGAAUACUGAGAAACAUUCAGCAGUCUACACACACAAACUAACAUGUGUGUUCUCUAAACCUAUACUUAAACAUAACACAUUCUCUACAGCAUAAGCACAUGAUAACAUACUGUACAGUCCAUAUCACACAACAUACAAAAAAAUCUCAACAUAAUCGAAUGGAUCAAGGCACAAAAACACAUUUGAAUGUGUAAGUAUAAACAAAUGCACAAAUGAUCACAAUGCGCAAAUUAUCGUAAUCUUUAAACUAAAUUAAAUAGUUCAGACGAAAUUA